AUGGAAUCGAGGAUAAAGUUUUGUGUUGCGGUGGCAGUUUUCAUAAUUGUGACUGAAAUUGCGUCAUGCCAUUUCGUGUUUGAGGUACAACACAAAUUCGCAGGGAAGGGGAAGAAUCUUGCUCACUUCAAGUCUCAUGAUACACGACGCCACUCUCGCAUGCUCGCGUCCGUUGAUCUUCCUCUGGGCGGGGACAGCCGCGUAGAUUCUGUCGGAUUAUACUUCACUAAAAUCAAGCUCGGAACGCCACCAAAGGAAUAUCAUGUUCAAGUUGAUACAGGAAGUGAUAUACUAUGGAUCAACUGCUCUCCCUGUCCAAAAUGUCCAUCCAAAACGAAUUUGGGUUUUAGUUUAUCAUUAUAUGACGUGAACGCUUCCUCGACCUCUAAGAAGGUUGGCUGUGACGAUGAUUUUUGCUCUUUUAUAUCGAAUUCGGACAGCUGUCAACCCGAUCUUGGAUGUAGCUAUCAUAUUGUCUAUGCGGACCAAAGUACAAGUGAGGGGAACUUUAUAAGAGACAACUUAUCACUCGACCAAGUUACUGGAAAUCUUCUAACCGGACCACUUGCGCAAGAAGUUGUAUUUGGGUGUGGGAGUGAUCAGUCUGGACAACUUGGGAAAUCCGAGUCAGCAGUUGAUGGCGUUAUGGGAUUUGGACAAGCAAAUACCUCUGUCCUUUCACAACUUGCUGCCGCUGGUGAUGCGAAAAGAGUUUUUUCCCAUUGCUUGGAUAAUGUCAAAGGAGGUGGGAUUUUUGCUAUUGGUGUAGUGGACUCUCCAGCAGUUAAAACGACCCCUAUGGUACCUAAUCAGAUGCAUUACAAUGUUAUGUUGAUGGAAAUGGAUGUGGAUGGUGCUUCUCUUGAUCUUCCACCAAGUAUUGUCAGGAAAGGAGGGACCAUUAUCGACAGUGGUACAACUUUGGCUUACUUACCACAGGCUCUAUACGAUUCCCUAAUAGAAACUAUUACUUCUCGUCAAUCAGUGAAGCUUCACAUAGUAGAAGAAACCUUCCAAUGUUUCACCUUCACUAAAGAUGUGAAUCAGGCCUUCCCACCAGUAAACUUUCAUUUUGAGGACUCUCUCAAACUGACCGUUUAUCCCCAUGAUUAUCUUUUCUCACUUGAGUCAGAAAUGUAUUGCUUUGGUUGGCAAGUUGGUGGAAUGACAACUGAGGAUAGAUCAGAAGUGAUUCUCUUGGGAGAUAUGGUGCUCUCGAACAAGUUAGUUGUAUACGAUCUGGAGAACGAGGUGAUUGGAUGGACAGAUCAUAAUUGUUCAUCAAGUAUCAAAGUAAAAGACGGAUCAGGAGGAGUAUUCUCGGUCGGAGCAGACAAUCUCUCAUCAGCUCCUCCUCUGUUGCUGAUCGGAAAGCUUCUUGCAAUUUUGUCAACAUUCGUCGCAGUGGCUUUUAAUUAGCUCACCACUCAUAAUUAUAUGAGCAUUGUUUUGGUGAUGGAUGCCGUAAGAAGAUGUAUAAUGUUAAAAAGUCUUCUCAACACACACAACACAUCUAUUUUUCUUGUUUCUGUUUUUA